CAGCUUGCAUGAUUUUCCUAGCCUGAUUUGAUUUUUUACCUCUCUCUAUCGCUUUUCUCUUGCUGUUUUUGAAAUAACAGAUUGAGUCUUUCAAAAACAGAUUAAGAAUUCUGCUUUGCUACUAUAUCAAAAGCGCCUUCAACAAGAAUUGGCAAAUCAUCUCACUCCAAUACAAUGACAUCAAGCUCCGCCCUCCCCCAAACCCUCCACUCCAUAACAAGCACCAAAAUCAACGAACUCUCCAAACAGCGCAUUCUCUUCGAAAAACGGAAAGGCGAAAUCCUCCACCUCGCAGCCAACACCCCCGACCUCCGCUCCAAAGCCCAGGUGCUCCUCGAAGGCGUCACCAAGCUCAAGGGCUACCCCGGCGAUGCCUUCGACCAGGAAGAUCAAGAUCAAGACCUUGAUCUGAGCGACACAGAUGACGACGAGGCUGCCGUGCAGAACGGCACCCCGCGUGCGACACAUGCCAAUAUUCGUCGGUUCCUCCUGCAGAGUCGGUACGAUCCGUCUGUUUCGGAGAGGAGCCUGGGGAACUGGAUUGGGCAGCUGGAGCAGGAGUUGCGGUUUUUGCAGCUGAGGCAUGAGCAUGCCGCUUUUUAUAGUGAGCUUGUGACGGAGUGGUUGGCGGAUUUGCAGAGCGGGUCUGAGGCUGCGCCGCAGAGUGAUGCUGGCGAUGGGGAGUCGGCCGAGUUUGAGCAGGUGGGACGCGCGGAGAUGCAUGAGCAGCGGGCGAUGUGGGAGAGUUUGGCGUUUAAGGAGGCGGAUGUAGACCAGGGUGCUAUCCGUGCGUAUCUGGAUUCGCUGUUCGCGAAGACGAACCUGUCGCGGCAGGCGCUGAAGACUCUCCGCGAGAGUAUCAGGUCGUUUGGGACGGAGAUGACCGCCAAGAGGACGUGGUUUACGAUCGGUGAGCUGGAAUGGGUGUCGCAGGCGCUGCUCAAGUCCGACCUUCUCACCAAGGAGAAAACGGAGAUUCUGAAAGAGUUCAUGCGGAACCCCUCCGUCGCCCAGGAGGUCGUCGACGUGCUCAACAUGCGUCUUGCGUCUCUGGAGAGCUGGGGUUGGCCCGCCGAGGGCAUUCCCUUGGAGAUGCGCCGCCAGCUGAACGGGAAAUACAGGGUUUUCAUGGAUGAGGAUUUGCUGGAUGCGCUUAUGUUCCAGUACCUUGGUCUCAAGUGGGCUGUCGCUUUUCGCUCCGCCUUUGAGACCUUUCUCUCCAGCCCCGCGUGGACGAACGCCCGCGAGCACAUCCCGAGAGCGUAUCGGGAUCGGCGUAAAUACUUCCUCGACGACGCUUCUGCCACCACGUGUAUCAACGACCACCGCCAGGAAACCUACAAGAAGGACUACUUCAUGGCGCAGCUUCCGGCCUCCGUCGAAGCGGGGGUGCCGCAAUACGGCGAUGACGACGGCAAUGAAGACGACAAGCCGAUGAAUGCUCUGGAUACCAAGCACUCCCUGCUACAUCUCUUGGUCACCGAGUCCAUUCUGCAGACCACUCUGCACGGCGAGUUUACGGUAGUUCGGUCGGACUUCAAAUGGUUUGGGCCUUCUCUGCCGCAUCCCACAAUGCUGACGGUGCUGGCCUAUUUCGGGGUCCCGGAGACCUGGCUCAACUUCUUCCGGACGUUCUUGGAAGCGCCGCUGAAAUUCACUCAGGACGGCCCUGAUGCCCCUGCCCAGGUGCGCAGGCGCGGAAUCCCCAUGUGCCAUGCCUUGUCCGAUUGUCUGGGCGAGGUUGUCCUCUUCUGUAUGGACUACACGGUGAAUCAGGCUACGGACGGGGCAUACCUCUACCGUCUCCACGAUGACUUCUGGUUCUGGGGAAGUGAGAAGACGUGCGUUACGGCGUGGGGUGCGAUGACUGAGUUUGCCCGCGUCGUGGGUCUGGAGUUCAACGAGGAAAAGACCGGCACAGCACGACUGCAAAAGACCAAAGGUGGUGACGAUGCGGCCCUUGAACAAAAGCCGCGAGAUACCCAAGUCCACCCGUCUCUCCCCGCGGGCGACAUCCGCUGGGGCUUCCUAAAGCUAGAUCCACACGAAGGGCGCUUCGUGAUCGACCAGGAGCAGGUCGAUACACACAUCGACGAACUGCGGCACCAGGUUUUGUCCUGCAACAGCGUGUUCGCGUGGGUCCAGGCCUGGAACAGCUACUUCGGGCGGUUUUUCACCAACAAUUUCGCUAAACCCGCCAGGUGCUUCGGGAGAGCGCAUAUCGACCUGGCCAUUGCCACCCUCAGUCGCAUCGAGCGGACCCUGUUCCCAGACAGCCCUGGGGGCGUCACAGACCACCUGCGGGGUAUGAUCGCCCAGCGCUUUAGUGUCACAGAUCUCCCCGAGGGGUUUUUCUUCUUCCCCGUCGAGCUCGGGGGGAUGGGGCUGGUGAACCCGUAUAUUCCUUUCCUCGCUAUGCGGGAGAAUAUCAAGCAGACGCCGCAAGGUCACUUGCGCAAGGCCUUCGUGCGAGAUGAGGCGCUUUACCAGUCCGACAAGGAAGUCUUCGAGAAGAACGGGCCGGCGCUGGCCGCCCUCGCUAGUACGCUCGACAUAAAGGAUCAGAAUUUCUUGUCCUUGGAUGAGUACAUGCAGUACGCGGAGUCGUACAGUACCUCGCUACUGAGCGCAUACAGGGAUCUGAUAUCGGUGCCUGCGGAGAUCAGUAUCAACCAGACGACGGAACUGCGCCGCAACCAGAUGUCAUUGGAUGAGGCGGUGACAGGCGACAGCACCCACAACAGCUACAUCAUAUCGGAUGAAUGGUACGGUAUGUCUUCGUACUGGCAGUGGACGGCAGAACUGUACCAGACGGAGAUGGUGCAGAAAUAUGGGGGUCUCGCGGCUGUCAACAGGGAGUUCAUGCCGCUGGGCGUGGUAAAGACGUUGAAGGAGGGGAAAUUCCGAUGGCGUGGUUGAUUUGCAGAAUUAUCUAGCGAUGGUUUGGGAUACUCUUUGAUAGAGAUUACAAU